AUGACUGCUUUGGCAAACUUUUGGAUUGGCUCUCUCAUGCGGCAAGACGUCGACCUUGAUGAUGUUACAACCAUUCGCGCAAUCGUGAAAGCAUCACGUCACUUCUACUACAACCUUUCUCGGAAGCCACCGUGCCAGUUCGAUGGCGUGCAUAUGGAGCUCUACAAACUCUCAGCCACGAUGACCGAAGAAUUCGACCGAGUACGUUCCUAUGGGAGUCACAAUAUACAACAUCUUUUUUACUUCGAUCCAAACGAGUCGACCAUAGGCGGAUCGUAUUUGCCUGCGAUAGGUGCAGGUAAGAAUGCACAAACCACCAAGGUCGACGCGCCUCUUCCUGCUCGAUCGGCGCUCGCGAUCGGCCACGGGGAUGACGGUGCAACCACAAGUGAGAACAUAUUAGCCGGUAAGCUCGAUUCGUAG